GCUCAAUUCAGAUGCAUCAAAGUCGUCGAAACGAUUGGUACGGAAACUUACAAGCAAAUACAACAAAAUGGCAAAGAUUUCAGUUUCAAUAGUUUUGGGCGUUUAUUUAGCGCUGCAGGUCGUCACCGCCUUUCCGCAUCAAAAGCCCUCAACCGCCAUUCAGGAGAAUGAUAUCAAAUUAAAGGAGUUGCAAAUCACAGAUGAAUCGAAAUCCACAGAAACCGAUUUUCGCACUUUACUCCAGCCAGAGAUUCUUAAAAUACUGAGCACCAUACAGGACUACUCGAACACAUUGAUACUGGAAACGACCAAGUUUCUUGAUGACCUAAUCUUCGAACUGAAUGCAUUACCUGAGCAAAAUCAGUUUGUCGAAGAACUUAUUCCCAGAUUAACGGAAUUAUCGGAACGCAUGGAGAAACUUGAUUUAGAUGACGACUCUACUCCUGGACUAAGCCGAAAGCAAGCCAUCUUAGAAGAAAUCGCUCAAAUGUAUGGAGACCUUGCGAUCAUAGUGAAGAGGAAAGAUGAAAGCAGCGAAACAGCUGUGUUGAAGAAAGUAGUUGAAAAAUUAGAUUUGGAUAGGCUCAAUGAUCGCGUUGAAGGCUCUAUGAAGAAAGCAGUCCAAAACUAUACACAAAGUUUCGAGCGUUUCUGGAACUCGCUCAGUGAAGCACAAAAGGAAGCACAUCCGGAAUUGAGUGACUGGUAUAAGCGUUUUCAAGCUAAAGAAACAGUUGAAGAGAAAUACAAAACAUUUAUAGAGUUUCUUUACAUUCUAAAAAGCACACUUGGGAAGAAAGAAAAUUAAGGAAUAUUCUUAGAGGCUCUCUCUGUGUUAUAAAUCUGGUUUUGCGUAGAAGUUUAUGAGCUUGCACCUACAACACGCGACGAAUGAUUGCACAUAAGCAUUUGGAGGCUAUUUUGACUAUUUAUUUCUGUUUGCCUUUUGAAUGUUCACUACUAUGUUUUAUAAAAGUUUAGCUCAUUACUUAUACAAAAUUAAAAAAACAAAUCCCAAUCGUUGCAUCAGAA